CAGCUACGCCCUCGUCAUGUGGCGAAUGGGGAAGAGCGAGUGCGUCUGAGCAAAGCCCCAUUUCAGCCACCCUGACCUUAUCGCGCGUUGGGGGAGUGGAGGAGUCACGGCGUUUCUGAGUCUGCGCCAACUCAUCAGUCUUUUUCGGCUCCACCCCACGCUUACAUCCGGGCGACUGCUGUUGGGCGGAUAGUCGUCUUGGUGGGUGAGGGUCGUGCAGCAGCAAAAAUCGAGGUGCGGAGGCUUUGGCCUUCGCCUCGUGAUAGUUAAAACCUGUGUGUUUCAGUGAAUGGUGAAAACACAGACUGGAUAAAAAAGCCACGACUUUUGAUCGAGCAUCAGGCAGACUAGCUGUGGCUCCACCCGAUCAGACUCUCCGCCCCGCCUCUUAGCCCUCAUUGGUCAAAAGCGGCGCUCGGCGGCCCUGCGAUUGGCCAGACCGGCGGCCUGCCGCGUCCAAUGGGCGGCGGCGCCGGCUUUCCCGCGGCUGUUCGCUAUUCAAGUGGGUUGUGGAGGCGGCGGCGGCGGUUGAGGAGUGAAACGGUCGCCCGCCUCCGGCGCGACGAUGGCAGCCUUGGGACCCGGAGGCUACGCGCGGAACGAUGCAGUCGAGAAGCUGCCAUCCGUCAAUGCGGGAGUUUCGGCGCGGAGGGGCCAGUCCUCCCCGCCCCCCGCUCCACCGCUCUGCCUCCGGCGGCGGACGCGACCUUUGGCGGCGCCCGAGGACACGGUGCAGAACCGGGUGUCACUGGAGAAGGUGCUUGGCAUCACAGCCCAGAACAGCAAUGGUCUAGCCUGUGACCCCAGCACAGGCCACGUGGCCUACCUGGCAGGCUGUGUGGUGGUGAUUUUGAACCCCAAGGAGAACAAGCAGCAGCACAUCUUUAAUACUGCCAGGAAGUCUCUGAGUGCUCUGGCCUUCUCCCCUGAUGGGAAGUACAUAGUGACGGGGGAGAACGGGCACAGGCCUGCCGUGCGCAUCUGGGACGUGGAUGAGAAGAGUCAGGUGGCAGAGAUGCUAGGCCACAAGUACGGCGUGGCCUGUGUGGCCUUCUCCCCCAAUAUGAAGCACAUCGUGUCCAUGGGCUACCAGCACGACAUGGUGCUCAACGUCUGGGACUGGAAGAAAGACAUUUUGGUGGCUUCCAACAAGGUAUCAUGCAGAGUCAUCGCCCUCUCCUUCUCAGAGGACAGCAGUUAUUUUGUUACUGUUGGGAACCGGCACGUGAGGUUUUGGUUCUUGGAAGUCGCCACUGAUGCAAAGGUGACAGGCACCGUGCCCCUCGUGGGGCGCUCAGGCAUCCUGGGUGAGCUGCACAACAACGUCUUCUGUGGUGUGGCUUGUGGCCAGGGCCAGAUGGCAGGCAGUACCUUCUGUGUGUCCUCCUCGGGCCUCCUCUGCCAGUUCAACGAGAAGAGGGUGCUGGAGAAGUGGAUCAACCUAAAGGUAUCCCUGUCUUCCUGCCUCUGUGUCAGCCAGGAGCUCAUCUUCUGUGGCUGCACAGAUGGGAUAGUCCGCAUCUUCCAGGCCCACAACCUGCACUACCUCGCCAACCUGCCCAAGCCGCACUACCUCGGGGUGGACGUGGCCCAGGGCCUGGAGCCCAGCUUCCUCUUCCACAGGAAGGCAGAAGCAGUCUACCCAGAUACGGUGGCACUGACCUUCGACCCCAUCCACCAGCGGCUGUCCUGUGUGUAUAAGGACCACAGCAUCUACAUCUGGGAUGUCAAGGACAUCAACAAAGUAGGCAAGAUGUGGUCGGAGCUCUUCCACAGCUCCUACGUCUGGAACGUGGAGGUGUAUCCUGAGUUUGAAGAUCAGAGAGCUUGUCUGCCGUCAGGAUCUUUUCUGACUUGUUCCUCAGACAACACCAUCCGCUUCUGGAACAUGGAUAGCAGCCCUGACUCUCACUGGCAGAAAAACAUCUUCAGUAAUACCCUGCUGAAGGUAGUAUAUGUGGAGAAUGACAUCCAGCACCUGCAGGACACGGCACACUUCCCAGACCGGGGGAGCGAGAGCGGGGCACCUCUGGACGUGAAAGCCGGCGUGCGGGUCAUGCAGGUCAGUCCUGACGGCCAGCACUUGGCUUCAGGCGACCGAAGUGGAAAUCUGAGGAUCCACGAGCUGCACUUCAUGGACGAGCUGGUCAGGGUGGAGGCCCACGAUGCUGAGGUGCUGUGCCUGGAGUACUCCAAGCCUGAGACGGGGCUGACCCUGCUGGCCUCGGCCAGUCGGGACCGACUGAUCCACGUGCUGAACGUGGAGAAGAACUACAACCUGGAGCAGACCCUGGAUGACCACUCCUCCUCCAUCACAGCCAUCAAGUUCGCCGGCAACAGAGACAUCCAGAUGAUCAGCUGUGGGGCAGACAAGAGCAUCUACUUUCGCAGCGCCCAGCAGACCUCAGAUGGACUACACUUUGUUCGUACCCACCAUGUGGCAGAGAAGACCACCUUGUAUGACAUGGACAUCGACAUCACCCAGAAGUACGUGGCUGUGGCCUGCCAGGACCGCAAUGUGAGGGUCUACAACACUGUGAACGGGAAGCAGAAGAAGUGCUACAAGGGCUCCCAGGGUGACGAAGGGUCCCUGCUGAAGGUCCACGUGGACCCCUCGGGCACCUUCCUGGCCACAAGCUGCUCUGACAAAAGCAUCUCUGUGAUUGACUUUUACUCGGGCGAGUGUGUUGCCAAGAUGUUUGGCCAUUCAGAAAUUGUCACUGGCAUGAAGUUCACCUACGACUGUCGUCACUUGAUCACAGUGUCCGGAGACAGCUGCGUGUUCAUCUGGCACCUGGGCCUGGAGCUCACCAACUGCAUGAAGCAGCACUUACUGGAGAUUGACCGCCGGGAGCAACAGCAGCAGAACAUGAAGGACGGGACGUGGAGCAGCCACCCCAGGCAGGAGACCUAUGCGUCCAUGCCCAGCGAGCCUUGCUCCCUGAUCCCUGGAGAGCAGACGGAGGAUGAGCUGGAAGAUGAGUGUGAACCUGAAGAGUUGCUGAAGACACCAUCCAAAGAGAGCUUGGAUUCAGAUCCUCAGUGCCUGCUGACCAACGGCAAGCUGCCACUCUGGGCAAAGCGGCUGCUAGGAGAUGACGAUGAUGUGGGGGAUGGCUCGGCCUUCCACGCCAGGCGCAGCUACCAGCCGCAUGGCCGCUGGGCGGAGCGGGCUGACCAGGAGCCCCUCAAGACCAUCCUGGACGCCCGGAACCUGGAUUGCUACUUUACACCCAUGAAGCCGGAGAGCCUGGAGGACUCCCUUCUGGAUACAGUGGAGCUGCAGAGCCCGGCGGGCCUGCUGAGUGAGUCAGAGAGUCCCCGGGAGGAUGGCUGCGGGCAUCCUUCCUUCCUGCCCCUACAGAGGGAGUCCUCGGAGGCUAGUGAGCUCAUCGUCUGCUCCCUGGAGGCGGAGGUGACGGUCACGGGGAUGGACAGUGAGGACUGCGCGAAGGAGCGGGUGGGGGAGCCUGGAGACCAGCAGGGCGAAUCCUACCUCCAGGUCCCCUCCAUCUUCUCGAAGGAUCAGAGCCCACCUGAGGACUUGGGGGAGUCAGAGGCCGACUUGGAGUGCACCUUUGCUGCCAUCCACUCCUCCCCUCCACGGCCAGACCCCGACCCUGGAUUUGACGUGACCGUGCCCCCCACACCAGGACACCCAGGGACUGCAGAAGAGUUGUCCCAGCCCGAAGUGCCAAGCAUUUCCAACGGCUCCCUGCCCCAGACCCCUGAGCAGGAGAAAUUCCUCCGCCACCACUUCGAGACGCUUACUGACGCCCCCCCUGAGGAGCUCUUCCACGGAUCCCUGAAGGACGUGAAGGCCUCUGAGGCCGAGGACUUCUUUAAUCCCCGCCUGAGCAUCUCGGCCCAGUUCCUCUCCCGCCUCCAGAACACAUCCAGGUUCACCCACCCCUGCCGUCCCCAGCUGCCCCUGCACCUCGGGAAGUCCCCGGAGGUCAAACCCACAGACCUCAGGGGGAGCCAGCCCAGAGCAGAGACCCUGAGAGUGGGUUCUGGCUACGCCUCACCAGGCGGGACCAGCGUCCUCUCUGGGGGGAAGGCUGAGGAGCCCCUCAAGACCCUGGAGGCCUGGUGCCCACUGACCCCCUGCCUCACGGGCCUGCUGCCUUGUGUCCCCUCCUCCUCAGUGCUGCCCACAGACAGGAAGCCUCCGACGCCCACAGCCCUACCCACUCCAGGCCUGGCUCAGGCUCUCGACAUCCCCCCCACCCACUCCUAUAUGCAGGCCACUGCCAGCGCCCGUGCCAAGAUGUCACGUAGCGUCUCCCUCGAGGACAGUGAGAGCUCUGUCCUAGCUGAGCUGGCCAGGCCCCUCCACAGGCCCUCGUCCAUGGGGGAGCUGGCCUCCCUGGGCCAGGAGCUCCAGGCCAUCACCAUGGCCGCACCCAGUUCUGACAGCGAGGGCCGAGCGCCUGCCCUGCCCUCCUGGGGCAACCACGAGGCCCGGGCCAGCUUGAAACUGACCUUGUCGAGCGUCUGUGACAGGCUCUUGCUGCCUCCACCCCUGCUGGAGCCGCCCACCACGUGUGUCUGGUCCCAGGAGCCUGUGGCCACCCAGCCUGAUGUCACCGACACGACAGCCAGCUUCCUGGCCCCCAGCUCCAGGGAUGGGAGCGCCCUGAGGCUCCACAACUCUACCUUUCUCCCAAGGCUUCUGGCCCCUGAGCCCAUCAACACCCCUGCCCUCCCCAACAGUCCCCCACUUCCAGAGGCCAGGCCUGAGGCCUCUGGCAGCAUCACCUCCCUCGUGGAGCCCACCCCUGAUGCGCUGGGUCUACUUCAGGGCAGCGCCAGACACUGGGGGGAGCCCGGGGUGCCAGCUCCCCUUGAGCUGAGCAGUGUGGGGACCAUUGUGCACAGACUGCAGACUACCUUCCAAGAAGCCCUGGACCUUUACCACCUGAUGGUCUCCAGUGACGAGGUGAGCCCCGAGCAGCAGCAGGCACGGACUGAGCUGGCCUCUACCUUCCACUGGAUCCACAGCCAGUUAGAGGCCAACGACUGGCUGGUUGGGAGCGAUGUGGCCCCAGACCAGGCCCUGCCCAGCCCAGGUACCCCCUCGCCACCUACACUGUGCCCCCUGGCCGGCCCAGACUUGCGUGCCCUGCUGGAACACUACUCGGAGCUGCUGGUGCAGGCCGUGCGGAGGAAGGCACGGGGGGACUGAGGACCAGCAGCCCCUCCACCGCAGCCCUGCUCCUUCUGAAGAAAUCGGUAUUUUAAGCAAAUAAACGGACAGCUUGAAGGAAUGGUUCCUGGUACCUGUCCUGGUGCAUCCACAAAGGCCCCUUCAGUGGACACAGAGGGAGGGUGGAGAGCAGUGCUCUGGUGGACCAGCCCAGGGCACUCACAUAUGCCUGAUGCCAGGCCCUGUUCCAGGACUCGGUCAACAGGACCAAUGUUCCCAAGAAGUUUGGGAACUGCAGUAAUGAUGACCCCACCGCCUGGCUCCCACGUCGCCUGUCCCCACCCCCCUGAGCUGCUGUGGGGUCAUGAGUGGUCCUUGACCAGUGGGCCCAUGCUGGAUCCUGUGAGGUCCAGGGUUUUGUCUCCAUCUGCAGCAGGGCAAACUGAGGAGAGACAAACAGGUCAGCCUCUGGACAAUCCAGGCAGCCUGCCCAGGCCACCAACAGCUGGGACCAGUAAUUCCUUUCCCAGCAGGAGGAUUGUGUUCAGCUUCAGCAUCCCAUGAGCUCCCAGCACUGGUACCAGCUUCCCCGGGCAGCAGGCAUCUAGCCACGUGGCCUGUCUGCUAAGAAGGCCACUCUUGUGACCACAAAAGCCCCCACUGUCCCAAGUCUCUAUAAAAUGGAAGCCAGCAGGGGCAGGGCCCCCUCCUAAAGCACAGUCCCACCACGCAGCCUGCUGUGGCCUGACCCCCACUCGCCUGUGCGUUCCUCUGCUCUGUGUGGUGGUCAUGGCCCACCAGUAACAGGCUCAGAGAGAUCCAGUGUCUUGCCCAGAGUCCCGUAGAACUGACACUCAAACCUAGGCUGGCCUGCUGGCAGAGCCAGGCCCUUCAACAUGAGGACAUGGCCCUCUGCUGCCUCUGGAAACACUGACACAGCAGAACCAAUCAUGCAGUUGUUAAACACUCCUGCCGUUCCCCAGGUGCCGUCCCACGUUAGAGGUGGGGUGAGGAACAGGACAGGCAAGGCGUCUGCCCCUGUGGCAUUCACCUCGUAGAGAGCAAAACACAGGACUGGAAACGGUAACUGUCUAACAACUGUAGGGAAACUGAGGAAUGCAGUGUGUGGUCGAAGGGUCAGAGAAGGCCUUUCUGAGGUGACAUUUGAGCUGAGGCUUGAUAGAGGGCACAGGCCACGUGGACAUCUUGGGGACGCAUCCAGGCAGACAACAGCCAGCGCAGAGGCCUCAUGGGGGGUCACAGGUACAUGUAAGGAAUAGCAACAGAGCCAGGAUGGCUGGAAUGGAAUGAGCUAGGGGAAGAGGGAGGAGAG